GCCCGGUUUCCAGCAGCUGACCCCGAAAUCCGUUCUCCUCCAUUAGAGCUUCUCACCUAGGCACUUGCAACUGCACCCGUCAUAUCCUGUCCUCUCUCUACUCCAACUGCUUAUAUUUCUUGAUCGUCACCCACAUUUGCAUGCUGUCUUGCAACUCACUGCCAAGGCCGCCAUGGAGCCCCAUGAUCCGCCCCCACCGUACUCUGAGACCUGGACGGACGCCGCCUCCGUCGUCCCAGGGCCCUCACCCAUCAUCGGGACCGGCUCCGACGAUGCGUCCCUUGCCGCAUCCUCCACUCGCAGCAACAUAAUAUACACCCCCCCGGAGACUCCCACCAGCGAAUUUCAACACGGAGUCGCGUCCGGUGUCUCGUCGUCCUCCCCUGUCCAUACAGGCACCACCACGAAUCAUCGCCAGAGCCACUCAAAUGCCUCGGCUCAGGCGUAUUUCGAGUCUCGCCCUGCCGUCGUCCAGGCCGGAUCACCGGCAGCCAAGGACAAUGUCCCUUACGGCAAUACAAAAGUCAUUAUUCCAAUCCGCGUAACGCAAGACACCACACCAGAGGACCUCGCAUUCCCGGACAUUCUCGCUGCGGGGCGCCACGAUGUCAGCGAGCAGGACUGGCAGACGUUCGUCAACUACCUGAUUCCUGACCACAUCGCACGCUCCAACGCGAGCGUCAUCAGCCGCAAACUCCAAGACCAGUCUGGCGAGCACGACAGCACCACCACCACCACCACCACCACUUCCCCGUCACCGCCACGGCCAGGGUGGGACAGCGAGCUCGCACAGGCACAGCUAGACCAGAUCAGAUCGACGUUCCCGGAUCAUGCGCUGGCGGAGCGGACGCGCAUCGCGCGGAACGCGGUGUGGGAGUGGAACGACGGGUUCUUUGCCCAGAGGGGUGUUGCUGUCCAGCUCGAGGUUUCCCAAGCACCAACUGCAACGACGGGGCCGACGGCACGGGCAUCGGGCACUCGAUCGAUGCCUGGCGCCUGGGAUUUCGAGCCAGCUGAUCCCUACGAGAGGUCGAAUACUCGAGACCCUCGUGAGCGGACAUCGUCGCAGUCACCACAUCCGUCACAGGCUUCUUCAGCAGGGCAAGGACAGCGGGCUUGUCCUGGGUCUUCCCGGUGGAAUCCCUUCAGCCAGGCACUACGCCUUGGCCCGGUGAAGAUUGACGGGGAUCGGGUCUCGAUUGGCAACUCAUUCGAGGCAGACAAGUCUGGGGGGUCCCUUUCGGUCGCGGCGGUAUGGAUCGCGGCAUAUUCGACAGAGGCCGAGGAAGGGGUCAUGGUUGGGGCUGGGGCGAACCUCACCGUGGCCAUCCUCACCAUCAUCAUGAUUCAGUGCCUGGGCACGAGCAAGGCGUCUGACCACUCUGAUGAUGGCCGGAGCUCCAUAUCUGGAUCUUCAGUCAGCUCCUCAUCCUCCUCUGCCUCGGCCCCCUCGAUCGGCAGCUUGCCCGACUACGAAGACCUCCGCGACGCCCAGCUUCCCAUCGUGAAGCAGUCCAUCAGCGUAUGGCUCGCACAUCCAGAACAGCCCGUCACACGGGAGAUGGUGCGCGCAGCGAAAGCAGAAAUCAAGAGCGCGAGGAGAGCACCACCGAAGAGUACGCGGAAUGUCAGAGGAUCCGCCUCAUCGUCUGCCGUCUCCUUGUCUCGGGCCGACGACCUGCGACCGCCGCCGCCGACAUACGACGAGGCUCAGGCUGCUGAUAACACGGCGCUCCGAGAGGAGGUCAAGGCUCUGAUGGCUGCGUUCGAGGGGCUCAAGCGAGAACAGAAACAACGGCGACGCAGCGAGAAGAAGCAGCGGCGCGCCGCGCGGAGGGAGAAGAAGAAGGAGAAGAGGGCCCAGAAAAGGGCGGCGCGAGCCGAGAAGCGUGCUGCCCGGGCGGACAAGAGGACUGGAAGGCAUGGAGCGCGGGACCAGCGACGCCAGCAAGCGCAAAAACAACGGGACGAGGCGCAGCAGGAACGCGAGCGACAGCUUCAGGAGCGCAAGCGGAUACGGGACGAGCAGCUGCUCCGGGAGCAGCAGGACCGCAUCAGGGAACAACAGGCACGCCAGCAGCAGCUGGAAGAGCGCCGGAGUCGAUGGGCGCAAUGCGGGCCUGCGGGCCAGCAUAGUCCAGGCGCCCAUCACGGCGGGGGCGGAGGAGGAGGUUGGAGUCCCUUUGGCGGCUUUGGGAGAGCUGGUGCCUCGUCCUCCUCCUCCCCGUGGGGUCAGUCACCUCCAGGCCCGCCACAGAUGGCCCCCACGGGUAUACAUUAUCAACAUGAUCAUCCUCACCCCCCUCUCCAUGUCCACAUACCUCACCACAGUGUCCAGCCGAUCGUGGCCCCCACUCCCUAUGGUUCUCUGGCACAUCCCCACCACUACGGACCACACGGGCAAGGUGCUGGAUUGCCAUUGGGAGGAGGACUGGCGGGUAAUGGUUCUCGUGGUGGCUUUCCCGGUGUCCAUGGGCAAGGUGGUGCUGGUAGGCAGCAUGAGAACAACAUCCCUGGUGCCGGCCCGCAGCCACAGCCUCAACCUCAGACUUCGGGUUUAUAUCAGCCUGUGCCAUAUCACCACGACGACAGCGAUAGCAGCAGCGAUAACCGUGGCAUCCGGAUGGCCGACAACGAUCACAGUAAUGAUGGUGACCUAGCGUCCGGCAUCAACAGUCUGUCCCUCGGCAGCACGAAGAAUCAAGCAGCGGACCACACCGAAGCGCGGAUAGCGGAUGACAUCCAGCAGCUGUCCCUGCUGGAGCAGCCGAGGUCCUCUGAAGAGCAGCAGCAUGGUUCCGUGCCCCCGGGGGAUUCGGGCCGGAGCGAACGGUGCAUUCCGGCUGAUCAAGUUGAAUGGGAUGCCCUCGAGCGCGCGAUGGCGGAAUUGCUGCACGAUGCGCAUGGUUUGAAGACUGACGCGGGUAAGCAGGGGACACGAUAA